AUGGAUAGGCAGAAGGGCGGAAGGGCGACGGACCCCUAUGCUCCCCUACUUAUAUGGCCGGCUGAAACAAUUUAUGGGCAGAAUGUGAACGCUAUUACCCAUUUCGACGGGCCCCGCCUGGGGACUGGGGCCUGUGGUGGGGAUACGGAUGUGAGGGGCGCAUUUGCAUUUCAGGCCUUUUGUUUGCUCUGCGCCACAUAUAGUACACACUUGAAGGGCUUUUCUGGCCAAACUCCGGCGGGAGUGAGCGUGUCGACUUUGACACAUAAAGUAGGAACCCAGCCAACCAGCCAGGCGGCCAACCCACACAGAUACCCAGACACGCACCCAUGUAACUGGCAAUUUUCGGUUGCAGGCAAGGCGGGCGCCGGCAAGGGUCGUUCGCCAACACCGACACCCAAUCGCCAGGAUGGUGGGGCAGCCGCUGGCACUGGCGGCGGGGGUGCUGGCGCUGCAGCGGCACCCACAGCAACUGGAGGCGCCGCUGGCGUCGGCAGAUCCACACUACAUGCCAACAAAACGAUACUGAAAACGGUGUCCGUGUUCCUCGCCAGCGGCAAGCGCAACUCGAGCAACCAACAGUCGAAGGCCGCCGCGGCUGCCUUGCAGAACAAACGGCAGCAGCGCCAACGGAGGAUGGACGAGCUGAGCGGCAAGGUGAAUCCCAAGCUGCUGGACAGCCUGCGCAAGAAGACGCGCUUCACCAAGGACGAGCUGGAUGCUCUGUGCCGCAUCUACCGCAAACUGGUGUCCAACUGCCAGUACGCCGCCAAGACGCUGGCCUCCAGCUCCUCGAGUGCAGCAAUUGCCAAGCCGCAUGCCGCUGUGGAGGGCAUCGAUCGCAUUGUGUUCCGCGAGCUGUUGCACAGCACCUUCGACAUCGUCACCGAGGAGAUCCUGAUGGAGCGCAUCUUUUGCAGCUGGGACAAGGCCCACGAGGGAUUGCCCCUGCGCCUCGAGGGUUGGCUCAUCGGGCUUUCGACCUUUCUGCGGGGCACUCCGGCGGAACGGGCCGCCUUCUGCUUUCGGGUCUAUGACCUGAACACGGAUGGUUUCAUCACCAAGGACGAGAUGUUCACGCUGCUGAGGAACUGCCUGAUCAAGCAGCCGCAGGACGAGGAUCCGGACGAGGGCGUCAAGGACCUGGUGGAGAUUGUGCUCAAGAAGUUCGAUCUGGACAAGGAUGGCAAGGUUUCCCUGGAGGACUUCAUGGGCACCGUCACCGCCGAACCGUUGUUAAUCGAGGCCUUUGGCCAGUGCCUGCCCACGGACAGCGCCGUGGUUUCGUUCUUCUCCACGCUGCAGGUGUGAUCUGCAUCUGCUCCUAUAGUACCCUUUAACUUGUUAAA